AUGAUGGCGGUGCGUGAACGCGCAGUGAAAGUAAUGGCUGCUCUCGAUCGGCGGCUGCCUAGCUUCGAUGAUUUCGUGGGUCAAAGCUGGACUGCUUGGGCCGAGUGGGCCGGUGUGACAGCACCUGACGGACCUGAUGCGGAUGACUGCAGUAAAAAUGGCAAAAAGGCUGCAGAGGCAAUGUCACUCAGCAAGGAGGACAUGUCAAUCUUUGGCCUGUACCCUGGUUACGAUGACUUCUACCUUGUGGUGUGUAGCCACUGUGGUCAAGUAGUGAAGCCACAAGCAUUCGAGAAGCACUGCGAGCGGAGACAUGGCCCUCUGUCCAAACUUUAUGCUCGAAUACGCUCCCCGGCUCCCCAGCCCCAGCAGAGGACCCAUCACAGCCAUUCUCCUUCUCAGGGGAACAAUAUCAUUCCUGCGUCAUCAUGGGAUGGUCGAGGCCCAGGUGACGGGUCAGUUAGACCAUCCUCACAAGCCCCUUCUACACCCCCGCAGCACAGACCCGCCAAAAACACAAAGGAAGGAGUACGACAUUCCCCACUGGAAAAAUCAUCCCACAGCAGCCACACAGAUUUAUCAGUAUUUAAGCAGCCACCACCUCUGGAGCCUCCGAUUUGCUCUCCACCCACAUCCAUUAGAGACCCCCCAUGGCCACACGGAGGCACCCCACCUGGUAGGCCUUCACCCAUUGACAGGCCCCACGUGCAAAGGAAGGAUUCUUCUCCAGCAUCAGUGGUCCCAAACCACCGUAUUCCCAGGCCAUACAACAAAGUGGCCUCCAAAAGAGAGUGUGACUUGGACAAACACUGUGGUGUCCUUGAUCCCGACAGGAAGAAAGUCUGCACUCGCCUCCUGACGUGUAAUAUCCAUUCCAUCCACCAGCGUAGGAAGGUGCAAGGCCGCACUAAGAACUUUGACCAGUUAGUGGCUGAACUUAAGACCAAGGUCCGUGAGAAGGGGGCACAAUCGCUGGAGGGAGGUUCCUCCUCUGGACGGUCCCCCAGCCCAGAGAUACAAAGAGAUCAAGAUGGGGCUCCACACUGCCGGAGACCUUUGGCCACCCUCCCUGCUUUCAGUAGAUCCACAGCUGCAUCAGAGAGCACACCAGAGAAUGACAGGCAGCUGCAGAAUGAGGGAAACCUACGAGCCCACUCCCCUCUUGUCCAUGGAACAAUUUCCAGUGACGAAAGUGAGGCUGAAGGAGCAACGGAACCGGUUGAGUUCCAGUCUUCUGCUGCACAUCCAAAACCACUAGCAAUGUGUUCAUUUGGCGGCAGUGUGUUAGGCCAUGGCAUCUACACUUUUGACAGAAGGCUUCACCACCUGAGGUCAGCUUUUAGCAGCAUGCUAGAGCAGCACAUCAGUGUCCAUCUUUGGAAGAAAAUACCUCAAGCCACCAACCAUCAGUGUCUAACCUCCGCCAGGAUUGUCACCUCGUCGUCCCCCACCUCGAUAACCAGCGCAUCCUCCACCUCCUCUUCAUUUCAUUCUAAAAUCCGCUCAGCUGGUCAUUUGAAGUCCUCCCUCAAAACUGUGUCGUCGUCCUCAUCUUCCAGUCGUGGGCCAGGGAGACAGUCGACAGCCGUCCUAUCAGAGAACUCUGGAAGCACCGGUGGUGGCAUGGGAGGUAGUCACCUACUGUCUCCGGGUAAUCCUGUGGGUGUGCAUCACGCAGGUCCAGGACGGCCCAAGAAUCCAGUUGGGCGUCCCAGCAAGCAGAUGCUGAAGCUGCGAGAAGAUGCUGCGGCUGCAAUCACCGUCCGCAAACGAAAAGCCCCAUCCCAGGAAGGGGAGCAUUCAGGCCCCAACAGGAACUGCAUUACCCUACACGACCGGGGCCGCCCACCCUCCAUAGCCUCUUCCCCCUCACCCUCCCCGUCCUCUUCUAAAGCACCCAUUCUCUCACCGCUUCACCACGAGAAGAUCAAUGGUACGCUCUCGCUUGGCAGCAAACCCCGCCCCCAGCCCUCUCCAACAGAGUCGCACUCCACAGCUGCAAAGACAGUCUGGACCUACAGACGGACUCAUCCUACGUUGGGUCAUUCAUUACCCCCAGAGCCCUCCUCUAUUAACAAUUCCCACUGUCGAAAUACUGUUGGGGACUCAGGACUGCUCGGGCAGGGCAGUGGGCGAACUUUCGAGCACCAGGGUUUGAUAAAAAAACGCAAGGGGGGUGCCCUUGAGGAACACUCCCCUUCACCACACCGCCUGCCCUCCUCAUCAACAUCCUCCGCCACUCCUGCCUCGUCUUCUCCUCGCUCUAACUUCUACCCAUGGAAGGACGGUAAGAGUGGAGGCCUGGCUGGGGGCAUGGAGAAGAAGCUGGGCACACAGAAGACAUUGCCCCUUGGUGGGCCGCAGUCCAGGCCACAGCCCUUUUCAGCACCCUGGACAGCUCUCUCCAGCGGCUGCCAAAACUGCACCAUUAAUUGUGCCUGCCUUUACAAGCCACAAGAGGGAGCCAGCUCGACCCAAUACAAGACUGUGGCAACAGGAUUGUGCAUGCAUGUGCGCACUCUGUACAACAUGUCUGUUUUCUUGGCAUCCCUUGUGUAUGGCACUUGCGGUAAGUUUAUGGUAUAGACUUAAUAAUGAAUACAGUGCC